AUGAAAACCCUAAUACUUCUUGCAAUCUGCAUAGCAACAUCUGAAGCAUGCUCAUGUCUUCCUUAUCCUUCUUUACAAGAUUACAUUUGCUCCUCCGACUUUGUUUCUCGAGUGAAGGUCAUCUCCAAGAAGGAUCCUAAUAAUGGUUACUCAAAUGGUUACCAGGACAUCACCUAUACCGUGAAGCACGUCAAAGUCUACAAGAAACCGCCCAGUGUCAAGGAGUUGCCCAAUCAAAUUUUGACAGCUUCAAAUUCCGCUGCUUGUGGAAUUGAACUUACAAUCGGAGAAGAAUACCUGCUUGGUGGUAGCGUUGAUGAGCAAGGAAAACUUCGAAGCUACUUAUGCGGCAUAUUCCAAAAAUGGAGCAGUGUAUCCAAGGAUGAUCGGAAGACUUUAAGACGCUACCAGUGCAGUUCGCCUACUACUGUUCCUUCUUAUGGAUGAGCGCUGUUACGAACUAAAGACA